UAAAAAGGGCUGCAUUUACUUUAUCGUAGUAUACUGAACGAAAUAUAGAUUUGUUUAUUUGUUGUUUUUUUUAGAAGAGCUUAAAAAGAUAUCCUUCUUUAUAAACAUGAUUAUCGAAUGCGAUGGAUUUUCAUCCACCAACGACUCCUGUUGGUACAGCUGUUUUCAUCGCGGGGCUCCGGCGCCUCUAGAACACCAUCACUUCCUUAGAUAAGAAUUUGUCCCGCGGGGCUGCCUCUAGAACACCAUCACUUCCUUAGAUAAGAAUUUGUCUCGCGGGGCUGUCUCUAGAACACUGUCACUUACUUCCUUAGAUAAGAAUUUGUCCCGCGGGGCUGCCUCUAGAACACUGUCACUUACUUCCUUAGAUAAGAAUUUGUCUCGCGGGGCUGCCUCUAGAACACCAUCACUUCCUUAGAUAAGAAUUUGUCUCGCGGGGCUGUCUCUAGAACAUCGUCACUCUUUUCCUUAUUUAAGAAUUUGUCUCGCGGGGCUGCCUCCAGAACACCGUCACUCACUUCCUUAGAUAAGAAUUUGUCUCGCGGGGCUGCCUCUAGAACACUGUCACUCACUUCCUUAGAUAAGAAUUUGUCUCGCGGGGCUGCCCCUAGAACACUGUCACUCACUUCCUUAGAUAAGAAUUUGUCUCGCGGGGCUGCCUCUAGAACACCAUCACUUCCUUAGAUAAGAAUUUGUCUCGCGGGGCUGUCUCUAGAACAGUGUCACUUACUUCCUUAGAUAAGAAUUUGUCCCGCGGGGCUGCCUCUAGAACACUGUCACUUACUUCCUUAGAUAAGAAUUUGUCUCGCGGGGCUGCCUCUAGAACACCGUCACUCACUUCCUCAGAUAAGAAUUUGUCUCGCGGGGCUGCCUCUAGAACAUCGUCACUUCCUUAGAUAAGAAUUUGUCCCGCGGGGCUGCCUCUAGAACACCAUCACUUCCUUAGAUAAGAAUUUGUCUCGCGGGGCUGCCUCUAGAACACCGUCACUCACUUCCUUAGACCAGAAUUUGUCACGCGGGGCUGCCUCUAGAACACCAUCACUUCCUUAGAUAAGAAUUUGUCUCGCGGGGCUGCCUCUAGAACACCAUCACUUCCUUAGAUAAGAAUUUGUCACGCGGGGCUGCCUCUAGAACACCAUCACUUCCUUAGAUAAGAAUUUGUCUCGCGGGGCUGCCUCUAGAACACUGUCACUCACUUCCUUAGAUAAGAAUUUGUCUCGCGGGGCUGCCUCUAGAACAUCGUCACUUCCUUAGAUAAGAAUUUGUCCCGCGGGGCUGCCUCUAGAACACCAUCACUUCCUUAGAUUAGAAUUUGUCCCGCGGGGCUGCCUCUAGAACACUGUCACUUACUUCCUUAGAUAAGAAUUUGUCUCGCGGGGCUGCCUCUAGAACACCGUCACCCACUUCCUUAGAUAAGAAUUUGUCUCGCGGAGCUGCCUCUAGAACACCAUCACUUCCUUAAAUAAGAAUUUGUCUCGCGGGGCUGCCUCUAGAACACCGUCACUCACUUCCUUAGAUAAGAAUUUGUCUCGCGGGGCUGCCUCUAGAACACCAUCACUUCCUUAGAUAAGAAUUUGUCCCGCGGGGCUGCCUCUAGAACACCGUCACUUCCUUAGAUAAGAAUUUGUCUCGCGGGGCUGCCUCUAGAACAUCGUCACUUCCUUAGAUAAGAAUUUGUCCCGCGGGGCUGCCUCUAGAACACCAUCACUUCCUUAGAUAAUAAUUUUUCUGGCAGGGAUGCCUCUAGAACAUCGUCACUCUUUUCCUUAGAUAAGAAUUUGUCUCGCGGGGCUGCCUCUAGAACAUCGUCACUUCCUUAGAUAAGAAUUUGUCCCGCGGGGCUGCCUCUAGAACACCAUCACUUCCUUAGAUUAGAAUUUGUCCCGCGGGGCUGCCUCUAGAACACUGUCACUUACUUCCUUAGAUAAGAAUUUGUCUCGCGGGGCUGCCUCUAGAACACCGUCACCCACUUCCUUAGAUAAGAAUUUGUCCCGCGGGGCUGCCUCUAGAACACCGUCACUUCCUUAGAUAAGAAUUUGUCUCGCGGGGCUGCCUCUAGAACAUCGUCACUUCCUUAGAUAAGAAUUUGUCCCGCGGGGCUGCCUCUAGAACACCAUCACUUCCUUAGAUAAGAAUUUUUCUGGCAGGGAUGCCUCUAGAACAUCGUCACUCUUUUCCUUAGAUAAGAAUUUGUCUCGCGGGGCUGCCUCCAGAACACCGUCACUCACUUCCUUAGAUAAGAAUUUGUCUCGCGGGGCUGCCUCUAGAACACUGUCACUCACUUCCUUAGAUAAGAAUUUGUCUCGCGGGGCUGCCCCUAAAACACUGUCACUCACUUCCUUAGAUAAGAAUUUGUCUCGCGGGGCUGCCUCUAGAGCACCAUAACUCACUCCCUUAGAUAAAAAUUUGUCUCGCGGGGCUGCCCCUAGAACACUGUCACUCACUUCCUUAGGUAAGAAUUUGUCUCGCGGGGCUGCCUCUAGAACACUGUCACUCACUUCCUUAGAUAAGAAUUUGUCUCGCGGGGCUGCCUCUAGGACACCGUCACUCACUUCCUUAGAUAAGAAUUUGUCUCGCGGGGCUGCCUCUAGAACACCGUCACUUCCUUAGAUAAGAAUUUGUCUCGCGGGGCUGCCUCUAGAACACUGUCACUCACUUCCUUAGAUAAGAAUUUGUCUCGCGGGGCUGCCUCUUGAACACCGUCACUUCCUUAGAUAAGAAUUUGUCUCGCGGAGCUGCCUCUAGAACACCGUCACUUCCUUAGAUGAGAAUUUGUCACGCGGGGCUGCCUCUAGAACACCGUCACUUCCUUAGAUAAGAAUUUGUCACGCGGGGCUGCCUCUUGAACACCGUCACUUCCUUAGAUAAGAAUUUGUCGCGAUGUAAAAGUGAUGCGCAGGAGAGAGCUGGCGUCCGCGAAAAGUUAUGGCCAAUAACACAACAAACACCACCCUGACCCCACCCCCUAUGGAAUACCCCAUGAACCUUCGCCCUGAUGACGCCACGUGGAUCCUGACCAGCGCCUUCAUCAUCUUUACCAUGCAAUCGGGAUUUGGACUGCUGGAAUCCGGAAUGGUGUCUAGGAAAAACGAGACCAACAUUAUGACAAAGAAUGCUAUAGACGUCAUUUACGGGGGGCUAGCUUAUUGGAUAUUUGGUUUCGCAUUCAGUUUUGGCCAGCCAAUCAGCAACGCCUUUUGUGGGCUCUCGUACUUUUUCGCGGACGCCGACGAAAGUAACAUGGGGAUGUUCGCGAAGUAUUUCUUCCAGCUUUCCUUCGCAACAACCGCGACGACUAUAGUAUCUGGUGCGAUGGCUGAAAGGGUGUCCCUCAAGGCUUACAUCUUGUACUCUUUCCUUAACACCCUAUCUUAUUGCUUCCCUGCGCACUGGGUGUGGGCGGGUGACGGGUGGCUAGCACGCAUGGGCGCCAUUGAUAUCGCUGGGUGUGGUCCCGUGCAUCUGGUUGGAGGGGUGAGUGGUUUGGUGGCAACCCUGUUCCUCGGUGCCCGCACCGGGAGGUUUAACGCGAAGGGUGAGCUGGUGGAGAAACCCAUGGGAUCCCCUACCAAUGUCCUCCUUGGUACCUUCAUGCUGUGGUGGGGAUGGCUUGGGUUCAACUGCGGAAGCACGUUUGGGAUCAGCGGCGGAAAGUGGAAACUGGCAUCAAGAGCUGCUGUCGUGACCAUUAAUGGCUCAAUCGGUGGAGGAAUAUUUGCCACAUUCUAUAGUUACAUUGCGCAUGCCAACAAGCUAAUGGUAGAUGUCUUCGUGACGGGAAUCUUGGGCGGCCUUGUUGGUAUAACAGCUAUCUGUGCCGUGGUGCGCCAGUGGGAGAGCCUGUUGAUCGGUUUUAUCGGGGGAAUGAUAGCAUGUGUUGGUGACGCACUGGUGAAAAAGCUGCGUAUAGACGACCCAGUAGGUUGUAUCGCCACACACGGCAUGGCCGGUAUCUGGGGGCUGCUUGCGGUAGGCUUAUUUGUGGAGGUCGAUAAUUUAGAGAACUUUUCCGCGGAGUUUGGCGUCUUCAAGGGUGGUAGCUGGCACCUGCUAGGGAUCCAGCUUCUCGUGGUCGUAUCUAUCGGCGCGUGGGCGGCGGUAACAAACUUCAUCUUACUGUACGUGAUCGAUAAAGUUGUUGGGUUGAGAAUGCCACUAGCCAUGGAGCUUGACGGCGCGGAUAUAUGGGAGCACGGCAUCCAUUUGCAGUUCUGUCAGUAUGAAGAAAAUAACGCCGAGGAGAGGGAGUCGCCAGCGGUGUCCACAAGAUGUCAUGCGCCCUCAGUGAUGCAGAAUAACCCAGCGGUGUCCACAAGAUGUCAUGCGCCAUCAGUGAUGCAGAAUAACUUCAUCACGGGCUGCAUUAAUGAAAAUGUUAUCUCAAUGGAAGAUUUCGAGGAAAGUAAACCGGGAGGUGUAGGGCAAGUACCGCGCGGAGCUUCUACAACAGCGCUAGUGAACUGAGGCCUACCUCAGACUACUGAACGACCUAUUUACGCGUAUUUGAAGCGCACUAUCGCCAAAGUGUGAAUAAGUAGAGACUAGAACACAAUUACCGCGGGCGCAGGGCAACAGGAGACGGUAUUACGCAAUGGAUUGCAAAGCAUGACGGUAUCAGACAAUUAAAAGCGAAAGCAUUAGUGUUUGCACGGCGCACCUAAGAAAACGGAAUCCCGGGAUGGUUCUAUGCUAAUGGUGGUGACGCACAUGACUAUCGGGGUGCAUGACUAUCGGAGUUCGAGUUAGCGGGGUGCUCGAGUUCUCUGAGUAUGAGUUAGCGGGGUGCUCGGGUUAUCUGAGUUCGAGUUAGCGGGAUGCUCGAGUUAUCCGAGUAUGAGUUAUCGGGGUGCUCGAGUUAUCCGAGUUCGAGGGGUGCUCGAGUUAUCUGAGUAUGAGUUAUCGGGAUGCUCGAGUUAUCUGAGUUCGAGUCAGCGGGGUGCUCGAGUUAUGUGAGUUCGAGUUAGCGGGGUGCUCGAGUUAUGUGAGUUCGAGUUAGCGGGGUGCUCGAGUUAUGUGAGUUCGAGUUAACGGGGUGCUCGAGUUAUCUGAGUUCAAGUUAGCGGGGUGCUCGAGUUAUCUGAGUUCCAGUUAGCGGGGUGCUCGAGUUAUCUGAGUUCCAGUUAGCGGGGUGCUCGAGGGCUACACUGCACUUCAAACAGUAUAAUGGCUUUGGUCGAACUGUUUUUCAUUUAUUAUUUUCACUCUGUACUGUUUACCAACAAGCAACAUUCCUGGCGUGAGAAAAACUUUAAACUUGUAACCCUUGCAGAAAGAGCAACAUUUCACAACGUUUUUGAAUCUAUGCUGGCAAAGUUUUCCCAAAACCACGCAACCUCAUACACCUAUUUCAGGUGCCAUUCGCCAUUUGCACCUAGUGCAAAUGGCAAAUGGUUUAUGGGUACUAAUUAUUCGUAAAAUUAAAGGUGUCAAAUAAAGUCCAGUAAUGUCAGAGCCAAGCAUUGGCAACCUUAAAUGGAUAAUUGUUUUGAUUUAUCCAUAUUCUUCGAGACGCAUGGUUACUUUCGGUCGUUCAACUGCCAUUUGCCAAUCGCCAUUUGCCAUUUGCACUGACAACCUUUAUUGAAAUAGGUGUAUGUACAUACAAUAGUGUGCAAACGACACAGGAGGGUUCACUCGGCAUUACUGUGGGUUUUCUUAUUUGUUGUCAAUGUUUGGACUUUUUCAAGUUUUGCGUCAAUUAGAUGAUAAUGCCACGUUUGCCCCCAAUACCCUGCUCAAGUUUUUAAAGACAUUUAGGUGAAGGCAACAAAAUACGUCAGGAAUUCUAUCGAGCAAGGAGUCGGGAACAUUUUGUUUUAAGAGAAAUAAGAUGAAUAACCAGUCCUCUGGAACUACCCAAUAAUUUUGCCAUUAAUUAAACACUACAGAUCGCUUAAUGGAAUAGUGCCUGGAUCUGAUGUGGGCCACGGUCGAACUGCUCAGCGAUCAGCCCCAAUCCUUAGUGUGUUUCACCCAUCCUUGACUAGGGAGUCGAUAUCAUUGUCUAGAAACAUGUUCCAAUCUUUCUGGUACUGUACCAGUGUACUUUUGAUACCGCGAAAUCCUGAAAAACAUUUGCCUUGACAUAAAGUACAGUAGCUCAAUUAAUCUGCAAGGGUGGCUGGAAUACCACCUUCAAAGUUUAUCUCACUGAAAGAAUAUCAGCUCACAAAAACAAGAAAUGACGUUGAAUGACUGCA